UGAGAAACGCAAUUGCAGGAGAGGGAGAGAAUAGAGUGCGGUCUGUUUCGAGGACUUGUUUCGUUAAUGAUGGAGUGAAUGAAAUCAAAAGCGACAGAGCUACAGGAGACUGCACGCACACACGCGCCCGCGCGCGCGUACACACACACGCACACACAAUGGGACGGGGAUCCGCACUCAGCACAGUGAACCGGAGGGACAUUUGCAGAGACACGCUUUGUGUCAUUACUUAAAUGAUCGCUGAUCGGAGAGUGUGAACCUGAGACAGAGAUGAAUUGACGUUUUUGUUAGCAGCGGUGGGACGGACGGGUUUGUGCCGGCGCGCCUUGCAGCUAUGGCAUGGUUUUACAUCUUAACUUUGGCCGUCGGUGUUCACGUGAACAAAGUGCUGGCUGGGCCACGCUUCUCUCAGGAGCCGGCAGAUCAGUCUGUGGUGUUGGGGGAGAGGGUUGUGCUCUCCUGUGUGGUGUUUAACUACACAGGCAUCGUCCAGUGGACCAAAGAUGGACUUGCACUUGGCAUUGGAGAGGACCUGAGGGCAUGGCCACGUUAUCGUGUAUUAAGGAUCAUUGAUGUCGGUCAGUAUAACCUGGAGAUUUCGUCUGCUGAGCUGUCAGAUGAUUCUCUGUAUGAGUGUCAAGCCACUGAAGCGGCUCUCCGAUCCAGAAGAGCCAAACUCACUGUCCUCAUUCCCCCGGAUGAUCCAGUGAUAGAAGGAGCACCAGAGAUUUUGCUAACAGCGGGAAUCUCGUACAACCUGACAUGUGUGUCCCGGGGAGCCAAGCCUCUUUCCACCAUAGAGUGGUACAAAGAUGGAGCUUUAGUGGAAGGAGCUCAUACUAGCACUGAGGUUUUACCUGACAGAAAGCGAGUAACUACACGCAGUUUCCUGCCAAUUCAGCCAGUAGACACAGACACUGGACACAACUUCACUUGUGUUGCCUCCAAUCUUGCAGUGCCACUGGGCAAACGAGCCAGUGUUACACUCAAUGUGCACCAUGCUCCCACAGUAUUAUUAUCGAUUGAGCCUCGUUCAGUUCUUGAGGGAGAGAGAGUAACAUUUACAUGCCAAGCUACAGCCAACCCUCCUAUCAUGGGCUACAGGUGGGCUAAAGGUGGAGUAAUCCUGGAGGGAGCAAGGGAGAGUGUGUUCGUGACUACAGCCGAUCACUCAUUCUUCACUGAGCCUGUUUCCUGCCAGGUGUUCAACGCUGUGGGCAGCACCAACGUCAGCAUAUUGGUGGACGUUCACUUUGGUCCAAUCCUGGUAGUGGAACCGAGGCCUGUAACAGUGGAUGUGGACUCUGAUGUAACACUGAACUGUAAAUGGGCAGGAAAUCCUCCACUUACACUCACCUGGACGAAAAAGGGCUCCAGUAUGGUUCUCAGUAACAAUAAUCAGUUGUAUUUAAAGUCGGUGAGUCAGGCUGAUGCAGGACAGUAUGUGUGUAAAGCCAUCGUACCCAGGAUUGGGGUUGGUGAGACAGAGGUCACCCUGACAGUCAAUGGUCCACCAAUUAUUUCAAGCGAACCAGUUCAGUAUGCUGUAAGAGGUGAGAAGGGUGAGAUCAAAUGCUACAUUGCGAGCACACCUCCUCCUGACAAAAUUGUAUGGGCCUGGAAGGAGAAUGUGUGGGAGAAGGAUAGAGGCACUCUGUCAGAGAGGUACACAGUAGAGCAGAGCAAGCCUGCAUCAGAAGGGGGAGCUGUACUCUCCACCCUCACCAUCAAUAAUGUUAUAGAAUCAGACUUUCAAUCCACAUACAACUGCACAGCCUGGAACUCAUUUGGACCAGGCACCAUGAUCAUCACACUGGCGGAGACAGAUAUUGUCCCUGUGGGUAUAAUAGCUGGUGGAACAGUCGGAUCUUCCAUCCUGCUAAUUGUCUUCUUGCUUGCACUGGCCUUCUACCUCUACCGCCAGCGAAAAGCCAGUCGUCGGGGGGUUGCAUUGAAGCCUGACAUCAAGGUCGAGACAGUCAACAAGGAGACACCAAGUCUAGAGGAAGAUACACCAGGUGUCUCUACAGCAUCACGCAUGGUAAAGACAUUGCACUCUUUUCUUCCCUCUGUCUCCCUCUCUCCCUCCACUCAGCCUUUCAAAGAGGACACGGAGCUGAAGCAGGAAACACGCACUGAAACACAGGAGACCAAGGAGGAGUAUGAGCUGAAGGACCCAACAAAUGGUUACUACAAUGUGCGAGCGACAACCCACGAUGAAGGGCGUUCCGCAGCCCGCUACCAAGAAUUCCGCCCACCAAAUCCAGCCUCAGUCUCCACUUCUGCAGCAGGCUCAGCACCCGGAAUAAAUCCCGCUCCCAUUGGCCGCUAUGAACCACGCCCUCCAUCUCGGAUCACCCACAAUACCUAUGCCCAGUUCAGCACCAUUGCCAGGACCAAACAAAGCCAGGGUCCACCAAAAGCAGCACUUCAGACAACAGACUAUUCCAGAGAAUGUGGCCUCUUAGAAUCAACCAAUCCGCUUACAUAUGACACAUAUGGAUACCAAACAUCUGCGCAAUACGCUCAGUACAGGCUUGGCUUUGCUCCGCCGCUUGAAGAAGGACCAGCGUAUGAGAUGUAUCCAAAAGGACAGGGGGUGGGGCCAAACCAAGGAGUAGGGCCAGAAGCUGGACUGGGGAAGUACGGGAGCUCAACCCGUUUCUCUUAUUCAUCUCCACCCACAGAAUACUCUCAAAGACACACGCAGAGGAUGCAGACACAUGUAUGAGAGAAUAACAGGACACUGUCUCUCACACACACAUACACACACACACACACACACACACAUACAUACACAUACACACUCAUUUACUGAGGACUUACUUAAUUGUGAUUAAUCAACAGCUAGAUUUUCAGACUAGUGUAGCUAUCUCAUAGUCACACACACACACACACACACACACACACACACACACACACACAUUGUAUUUUGUACUAUCAUGUAUUCAUUGUGUGCCAUCACUAUAGUGCCAAACCAAGAAUAAAUAUGAAAUGCAAAGACAAAAUAUAAAAAAAAAAAGAAAAAAAAGUGGAGGGGCACAUUCAUGACUAUAUAUAUUCUCUCUCAAUUCUCCCCUUUAACCCAACCCUGUUACUCUUUUACUGUCGUCAUAUGUAAAUAUAUCUGAAAGACAUGUCAACAGACACAAGGAGUAUUUCCUUGAAGUUGGCAACUGCCCUAGAUUUACAAUAGGAUAUAAUAGGAUAGCUGAGAAGAAGCAAUAGGUUUGCCUAUUGAAGGGGACAUGAUAAGGACAGUUUCCUGCCGAUGGCACCAGAGGAUAUUGAGAAAUGACUCCAGCCGUAGUUAACCCUGUUUUUUUUCCAUUGGAUGAUAUGAAGGACAGUAUAUGUGUGUGAUAUGUUUCCUCUACAGUGUAAAGUCUCAUUGGUGUUACACCUGCAAGCACUGCUGAUAUCCAGUAUUUAAAAAAUCAGCAGUUAGAUUUUUGCUUGUAGCAAAAGACUGUCCACUGUUGGUGGCACACCAUGAAAUGGUAAUGGAAGUCUAUAAUUUGUAGUCAUUUUGUCUUAGCAGUACAUCCAUAACUGGCAGCUAUUGCAAAAAAAAACAACUGCAUUUUAUAAAAACUCUUAUUGUUGGCUUCCAAGUCCCAAGUAUGAUAUAUUUGUUCUAAAUUGCAGAUAAAGACCAGCUUGUUUCAUUCUAUAUAAAUACAUAAAGAAGAGCAUUUGCACUGCCCUUUUUGUAAAGGGAUUUGUGUAGUGUUGUGAAAAACUGUGCAGUACUGCAGAAACUGGACCUGAAAAGACUAAAUUACAGUAAACUUAGAGGUGACACUGCACAUGUGUGUGAGCAACAGCUUAGCUACUGUACCCUUGUUCUGGAGAAGAAGAAAAACUAAACUUUCAGCCUGUAUUAAUAAACCUUUGUGACUGCGCUUUCUAUAAUUUUGUUACCAAUAAAAAAUAUGUAACUCUUUAUAAUACCUCAUAAGGAUUUAGGGAAAUUAAUGAGUUUUUUAAUAAUGACUUAAUCAUGUUGUAAUAUAAAUGACACUGUUCAUAAUGAUGCCCUGUGGUUCUCAGCAUUACUGCCCUAACUGAUUGUGUGCUAAAUAGGACUAUUAAAAGUUUAUAAGUGCACAUCAGUUAAAAUGAUUUCUGCUAUUUAUAUUACACAUUUAAAGCUGCUACAGACUAUGUACAUAUGCAUAUUUAAGGUGUAUGUAUGCGUAUUAAUAUUUGUCAUUACAAGCAUUACCAAAAUAACAGAACAUAAGUACAGUCAUUUAGCUUUAUUUAUUCAGGCUGUAUAUAAAGUGUUACUGAAAAAAAACUUCUAAGCUGCUUUUUCGUACCUGGUACAAAAAAAACUACCAAAAAAGAUAAAGCACGCGAGGUGAAGUCCUCACUUCCAUAAUAUCUAAAUUUUUUGCUACUUUUUAUUGUGUGGGCGAGCACACAAUCACAUAAAUGUGGGGAUGUUCCAGAGAGGAACAAUUGAACCUUUUUCUAUUUGUAUUUUUCUCUUGUCCUGCAUCACAUAUUUGCCCCUUCAAGGUAGAAAAGUGCUUUUCCACAUUUUUAUCUAAACUUAGAACAUGGCAUUUAAAAGCAUUUUUAUAUAUUUUUUUAUACAAAAGGGAAAAAAGUCAGAACAACAGAAAAUGUGUGAAACAAUGUGAGCAUUUCCAAGUCAUUGUUGAUGUAAAUGAUUUGUACUUUUACAGUUCUAUUGCCAGACGGUAACCACUAAUUAAAUUGCAAAAAAAUUCAAAAACAAACAGUAUACCCAUAAUGAACAUUGAAAAACCCACAAUAUUAGCUUAUAAAUAAUCAUUAAAUGUAGCUACCAUACAGUGUGCCAUUCCUUUUUCUCACCAGAUGGGUGACCUUGCAUUUCUUUAUCCCAUUAUUUGUGCCCAUCUUGUACCGUCUGAAUGAAAGAUGCAUAAGAAACAUGCAAAAAUACCUAGGCCAAGUUUCAACCAUGCAUUAUAUAGAUAUUAAUCAGUUAUCUGUUUCCUGAUAUGCAUUGUUUAGAUGAAAUCUUAAAAUCUGUUUUCCCAUUAGAUUUUCAUUGCCGGACAGAUAUGCUAAACAGGGUGAAAGCUUCCAAAUUUAGCAAAUAAUUGGCUUCACAAAGUGAAUAAUACCCUCUAUGGACAGACGGCCCAUUGGAGGUUAAUUUUCCAUCUUGUUAUGGAUGUUGCUGGCCUUGGCUCUAGACCUGCCAUGAGCCCCCUCAUCAUAAAGAAAUUACUGAAGAUGAAGGAAUGACUGAAUUGAGAAAAUUUGUCCAUUGUUAAAUAUGCUGAAUUUAUUCAUUUUAAAGCUACAAUUUAAGUAAUAUAACAAAUUCACUCUUUCUAGCAGUACAAAAUACCAUUUUGUAUGUAAUGCCACAAACAUUAAAAAAGAUAUGUCUCAUUCCCACAAAUACAGUAUACUGAAUAUAUGAGAUUGAGCGAAUGUGCAGUACUCUUUGUAGAUGUGCGUCAUAGCGUGAAUCUUGCCAGUUUUCCCAAUUACUGUAUCUCUAUCUAACUCCUGUUAUAAAAUCCUAUUUAGUAUUAUCGUGUUUAUAUUGGGUCUUUUACUUGUUCUUGUGAAUUUCAUAAUUUUAUUCAUCUUUUAAAUGUGUACAAAAAUCAAAAUUUAUAUUAUUCAUAUUUGUUUUAUUCCCUAAUCUUAUUUUACACAAAAUUUUUUAUUGUGUGAUUAUUUUUCCAUUUUAUUAAAUAAAUACACCUUUUUCAUAGUAACCAAAGCUUAUGUCAUUCUUUGGAUGUGGGAAAAUGCAUAAUUAUGAAUAUACGUUAUUGGUUAAUUAUCUGUUGCUAUUUCAGCUAAAAAUGUAUAAAAAGUGGUAUUGGUUUUUUUUUUUUUUUUACCAAGGGCGGGCUGUGCAUCUAACAUCUAGGCUUUUAGUGGUGUCACCUGAACCAAUCCACCUCUGAAUACCAUCAUUAUGACCAGUAUGGAAGCCAUCAAUAUUUUACAGAAAUGCAGUAUAUCUGAGCAGCCACAGCAUCGCAGACAGGUAUCUCACACAGUGAAAAUGAACUAAAGCAAGAAACCCAAUUAACACAAUAUAACAAGUCUCCUUUCACUG